AUUCAGGAAACGAAGAGGACGGAAUAGCAAUGGCGGCCCCCUUGUCUGUAAACAUUUGCGUUCGGUUGACAAAUAUACUUCCAAAGUAGUUAUUCCUACGACAGCCACGUGUUUUUUUUAACAACCCCGAUUGUUUCAACUGUUUUUGCGCGUUAAAUACAUCCAGCCACAAAGAAACACGAGUUAGGCUUCUCUCGGGCUGAUAAUGGAUGACGAUGACUCCAUGCAUAGACUGGAGGGGACUGACCCCAAAGUCCAAGUUGGAGGACUGAUAGUUAAGAAGAAGAUCGCCCCUGCAGAACAUCACGUUUUUCGGGCUCCUACCCCGCGCACCUCUCUCCUGGGCUUGGAUCUGCUGGCGGCUCAGAAAAGGAAAGAACGAGAGAGUAAAGAACAGAAUGAAGUCGGUGGCGAGGACGAAGGCAGAAAGAAAUCCAGGGUUUCGUCGUACAAGGACUGGGAGGAAAGCAAAAGUGAUUCUGGUUCUGACGAUGAUGAUGAUGAUGAAAAGAAUGGGCAGGAUAAAAAGGAGAACCGGAAGUACCGUACGAGUGGCUCAGAGACACCUUCCAGUCCCGGAGGGGUCAGCGAAGAGUUCCGUCGCCGACACGAGCAGAGAGAAAAAGACAGACGGGAGCAGGGCGUCUACGUCUCCUCCAAAGAUGACAGGAACAGAGAGAAAGACAAGGGGAGAGAUCGGCGGAGUGAAAGAGAUACCCGAGAGGGCAGCUCCAGCAGCCGCUCGGAUCGUUCGCACCGCAGCGAGAGGAGUGAGCGCUCACAGAAAGAUGGCUGGUCGGAUCGCAUCAGCCGAGGCAGCAGGCGGGAUGAACCGCAAACGCCACAGCAGCGCCCCAGGGAUGGUUCUACACCUUCGCGCUCCAACUGGGAGGAAGACGACAGCGGUUACGCUACUUCACGGCAUUCUCAGUGGGAGUCUCCCUCCCCGACUCCUUCCGCAAGGGAGUCGGAGCGGAGUCGCCACUCGGGUCGAGAGAGCGAGAGAAGAGACAGGUCAGUGAGAGGGCGCUACACCGACGACACACCCCUGCCCACCCCAUCCUACAAGUACAACGAGUGGGCCAAUGACAGAAAGCAUUUAGGUUCCACACCUCGUUUGUCCCAAGGAAAAGGUAAAAAAGACGGUGGGACUGGAAUCUCAUUUGACAAUGAGGAUGAGAAAGAGCAGUGGGAAGAAGAUCAGAAGCAAGCCGACAGAGACUGGUACAUGAUGGACGAAGGAUACGAUGAGUUCCACAACCCCUUCACAUCCACGUCUGAUGAAUACGUCAAGAAGAGAGAGCAAAUCCUGCAGAAGCAGACCCAGAAACGAAUCUCCGCCCAGAAACGACAAAUCAACGAGGACAAUGAGCGUUGGGAGACCAACCGUAUGCUGACCAGCGGUGUGGUGCAGAGGUUGGAGGUGGAUGAAGACUUUGAGGAGGACAAUGCUACAAAGGUUCACCUGCUGGUUCACAAUUUGGUCCCUCCCUUCCUGGAUGGAAGAAUAGUGUUCACUAAACAGCCAGAGCCCAUCAUCCCCGUGAAAGACGCAACCUCUGACAUGGCCAUCAUCUCACGCAAGGGCAGCCAGCUUGUUCGUAAACACCGCGAGCAGAAAGAGCGCAAGAAGGCACAGCACAAACAUUGGGAACUGGCAGGCACUAAGCUGGGAGACAUCAUGGGCAUCAAGAAGAAAGAAGACGACGCUUGUGGAGGCCAAGAGGUCGGCGAGGACGGCAAGGUAGACUACAGAGCAGAGCAGAAGUUCGCAGAUCACAUGAAAGAGAAGAGCCAGGCCAGCAGUGAAUUUGCCAAGAAAAAAAGCAUUCUGGAGCAGCGACAGUACUUGCCUAUUUUUGCUGUGAGGCAGCAGCUUCUUAACAUCAUAAGGGACAACAGCAUCGUGAUCGUCGUUGGCGAAACGGGCAGCGGGAAAACCACCCAGCUGACCCAGUACCUGCACGAGGACGGCUACACCAGCUACGGCAUGGUGGGGUGCACUCAGCCCCGCAGAGUGGCCGCCAUGAGUGUUGCCAAGAGAGUGAGUGAGGAGAUUGGCACCAACCUAGGAGAGGAGGUCGGCUACGCAAUCCGUUUCGAAGACUGCACGUGCGAGAAGACGAUGAUCAAGUACAUGACGGACGGCAUCCUGCUCAGAGAGUCCCUGAGGGAGUCGGACCUGGACCACUACAGCGCCGUCAUCAUGGAUGAGGCUCACGAGCGUUCGUUGAACACCGACGUGCUGUUCGGUCUGCUGCGCGAGGUUGUAUCUCGACGCACAGACUUGAAACUCAUUGUUACUUCGGCGACAAUGGACUCGGACAAAUUUGCCGCAUUUUUCGGCAAUGUGCCCAUAUUCCACAUUCCGGGCAGAACAUUUCCAGUGGACGUCUUGUUUAGCAAGACUCCUCAGGAGGACUACGUGGAGGCAGCAGUGAAACAGGCCUUGCAGAUCCACCUCAGUGGAUUGGUCGGCGACAUUCUCAUCUUCAUGCCGGGGCAGGAGGAUAUUGAGGUGACAUCAGAUCAGAUUGUGGAACGACUGGAGGAUUUGGAUAACGCUCCUGCUCUGGCUGUGCUGCCCAUUUACUCUCAGCUGCCCUCUGAUUUACAGGCCAAAAUCUUCCAGAAGGCCCCAGACGGUGUUCGUAAAUGUAUUGUUGCAACAAACAUCGCAGAGACUUCCCUCACUGUGGACGGUAUCAUGUUUGUUGUGGACGCUGGAUACUGCAAACUUAAGGUUUUCAACCCUCGCAUUGGAAUGGAUGCGCUCCAAGUGUAUCCCAUCAGCCAAGCCAACGCGAACCAGCGUGCUGGGAGAGCAGGUCGAACAGGACCAGGGCAGUGUUACAGGCUCUACACUCAGAGCGCCUAUAAGAACGAGAUGCUGACCACCACCAUACCGGAAAUUCAGAGGACCAACCUGGCCAACGUGGUCCUGCUACUGAAGUCGUUGGGCGUUCAGGAUUUGCUCCUCUUCCACUUCAUGGACCCGCCGCCCGAAGACAACAUGCUCAACUCCAUGUACCAGCUUUGGAUCCUGGGAGCUCUCGACAACACCGGUUCUUUGACGCCGACGGGCCGCAUGAUGGUGGAGUUCCCCCUGGACCCGGCGCUGUCCAAGAUGCUGAUCGUGUCGUGCGACAUGGGCUGCAGCGCCGACAUCCUCAUCAUCGUUUCCAUGUUGUCCGUGCCGGCCAUCUUUUACAGACCUAAGGGCCGUGAGGAAGAGAGCGACCAGGUCAGGGAGAAGUUCUCCGUGCCAGAGAGUGACCACCUGACGUACCUGAACGUCUACACGCAGUGGAAAAACAACAAUUAUUCCAGCAUCUGGUGCAACGACCACUUCAUUCACACCAAGGCCAUGCGCAAGGUGCGGGAGGUGCGCUCCCAGUUAAAAGACAUCAUGGUGCAGCAAAGGAUGAACUUGAUGUCGUCCGGCUCGGACUGGGACAUCAUCAGGAAGUGCAUCUGUGCCGCUUACUUCCACCAGGCCGCCAAGCUGAAGGGCAUUGGCGAAUACGUGAACGUGAGGACGGGCAUGCCGUGUCACCUCCACCCGACCAGCUCCCUGUUCGGUAUGGGCUACACCCCCGACUACAUCAUCUACCACGAGCUCGUCAUGACGACCAAGGAGUACAUGCAGUGUGUCACGGCGGCGGACGGCGAGUGGCUGGCGGAACUGGGGCCCAUGUUUUAUAGCAUCAAACACGCGGGGAGAAGCAGACAGGAAAACCGUCGCCGCGCCAAGGAGGAAAUAAACAACAUGGAGGAGGAGAUGGCCUUGGCCGAGGAGCAGCUCCGAAGCCGUCGCGAGGAGCACGAGAGGAAGAACACGGGCAACGUCAAGUCGUUGAGAAUCUGCACACCAGGAAGACGGGAAGAGGCCCCCAUGACACCUCGACGUACCCCUUCCCGAUUUGGACUGUAAAAUCUCCUUGGAGGAGGGCGGUGGGUCAUCUGGACCUCCGUCACCAGAAAGCAGCACAAGGCAGCCAUAUGUGGACGCAGCUGCAGUUCCUGUGUAGGCCACUAGGGAGAGAACUUGCAUCAGACAAGUCCAAUCAAAAUGACCUUUUUUUUUUUUCUUUUUCUAAAUGAGCUCCUCCAGUGAUGAAUCCAAUAUGGCUCCAGUGUGAUGUUACUAAAAUAAUUGACUCAAGAAGAAAAUCUCACGGCCUUGCGGCCAUUAGCGAGCCGCAACCAUCUAAACGUGGGAUGAUCCGAUGUCGUUUUCCGUGCCGUCCUCGUAUUGUGCGCAUUGUGCGGUCGUUGUCGUCAUAAAGAGGCUCCUCCACGCGCUCCAGCACUGUUCACAUUGUACUUGUGCCGCGUGUGUGGUCGCACUUGUAUUGUCAGGCGACCCGCGCGCAAAACACCUUUGCCUACUCUUAUUUUUUUUUUAACCUUGUUUUUGCAAUGCGAAAUAGCUUUGCACCCACAUCAGAUUAAAUGUCAACAAUGUUAUUUUCGCACUCAAAAGAUUUUCCACAUUCUUCUUGGCGCGUCUUUGAAUAACGUGACGCACGUAAACGCGACUCGCGGUGCGACAGAUGAACUGGUCAGGGCCGGUGAAAGUUUUUUUUUUUUUUUUUUAAACAUGGAGAUUAAUGGGCUGAAUGCUCAGUCGUUUGUGUAAAGAUAAAUAAAUGUUAGCUAUUUUUUAUAUUCCAAGGUGGUUUGAAUUUUUAUCCCAUUUUUUUUUUGUCUCUUCAUUCCAUGCGUCUGCUAAUGUCAAAAUUAGGAAAAACCCUCGGCGACCAAUCACUCUCACGUUCACAAGUGGACAUUUAAGUAGCAUUGUUGACUCCGGACGACAAACUGAUUGAAAUUAAACGUGACUUUUUUUUUUAACCUAAUUGAUUAGAAUGCUGGUGGCACGGUGGAUCAGCUGGUAAAGCGUUGGCCCAACAGUUCUGAGGACCCGGGUUCGAUCCCGGAUCCUCCCUGUCUGGAGUUUGCUUGUGUGGGUUUUCUCCAGGCACUCAGUUUUCCUCCCACAUCCCAAAAACAUGCAACAUUAAUUGGACACGAAAUUCCCCAGAGGUGUGAUUGUGAGUGCGACUGUUGUUUGUCUCCAUGUGCGAUUGGCUGGCAACCAGUUCAGGGUGUACCCCGCCUCUUGCCCGUUGACCGUUGGGAUAGGCUCCAGCACUCCCCGCGACCCUCAUGAGGAUAAGCGGCAAAGAAAAUGGAUGGAUGAAUGAAUGGACUGAUGAUUAAAAUGCCCAUCCCAAGUAUGUUUAGUUUUUUUGGCAUGAUAAUUUUAAAUAAUAGCAUGGAUUUAUCUGUAAAUUGCCAUUUGGGUGGAAUUAUGGACAACUGCCUCACAGUUCUGAGGACCGGCGUUCAAAUCCCAGCCUCGCCUGUGUGGCGUACGCAUGUUCUCCCUGUGGCAGGAUGUUUUUAAUUUUUUUUUUUGACAGGAAUUCCGAUUUCCUCUCAUUUCCUAAAAAUGUGGAUGGUAGGGUAAAUGAAGACUAAAUGGCACUUGUGAGUCCGAAUUGUUGCUUAUAUCGAUUGGCUGGCUACGAGUUCAGGCCCGGUACGCUUGUGACGCUAGUGAGGAUAAGCGGCACGGGAAACGAAAAUAUGUAAAAACAGCAGACCGCAUUUGAUCCGAGCCACAGUUCGGAGCCCAAUAUAUCCUGUGUGGGAGUUAUCUGGAAUUAUGUCGCCUCAAAAUUGAAAGUCUGGAUGUUUUAGACAAAGUGAAAUGUUUUUGGUCAUAUAAAACAGAUGCCAGGGAUGGUUUGGUGCAAAGUGAAGAGGUCAGCCACAAAGGUAAAUGUGUGCAGAUUUGUGUCCACUUAUUGGAGUAUUUAGUGAGCUCAUCGCUUUACUGCAUGAAACACCUCUGAGGGUUUGGGAAGGUGCAGUCGUUUCUUUUAGGAUGUGUAAGAGGCUUUUUGAGGGGUUAGUAUGCACCAAAACGUAGCAUUUUAAUCCCAUUUAAAAAAAAAAAAAAGAUUUUUUUGGGGGGUUGUGGAAAAAGGUUAGGGUUAUAAAUUAGAAAUUAAUUAGAAAAAAUAAUUUUGACACAUAUGGUAAAACUUUUUGUUGGUACGACCUCAGUUCAAUAUUUUAAAAAUGAUCUUUGAAAAAAAGCAUUCCUCUCUGGCCCCAUUUUAUGCCUCUGAUUUAAUACUAAUUAUUCUUUAACAAUUGGCACGGAGUGGAAAAAAAGUGUAUCAAUCGUUUACUCACGCACAUCGCCACACGCGAAGCCUUGUGAGGACACGCUGCGGCCUUUCGCAAAGGAGACCACGACUGCUAUUGAACUCCGGUCAGCAACAAAAGUGCAAAAGAUGUCGCGACAGCUGUUGAGACAAAUCGUGGGGGAACGCAUGAAAGUACAGUAUGUGGACUACGGCGUAUGGCGAAAAUUGGGAAAACACUGAUGAGUCGUCAUGUUGUCACCUUACCCAUUGUUUUAAAUUCAUUGUCAUGUCAUUAUCCAAGCCGCUUAUCCUCACAAGGGUUGCGGGAAAGCCGGAGCCUAUCCCAGCUAGCUUCGGGCGAAAGGCGGACGACGUCCCGAACUGGCCGCCAGUCACUCACCAUCACUGAGCGGGAAUCGAUCCCACGCUGCCCGCACCAAAGUCAGGCGUGGGUACCACUACACCAUCAGUGACUCCACUAAAUUCAUUGCACAAUUUAAAAAAAAAAACUGACAAUAAUGAAUAACUCUGCUAGCAACGUAGCUGCUCGUGCGGGUCGGGGAUUGAAGUGAAGCUACAUUCAAAUCUUGCUCGCACAUUUUACAUUUAAUGAGGAAGAUGAUUAUGUGGCUGGGGGUUGUGAUGUUGAAAUUGAUGUGCAAAUAUAUCCAUCCAUUCAUUUUCUGAGCCACUUAUCCUCAAAAGAGUCGCGGGGAGUACUGGAGCCUAUCCCAGCUGUCAGCAGAACUGGUCGCCAGCCAAUCGCAGGGCUCAUAGAGACAAUCACUCGCACUCACAAUCCCACCUAUGGGCAAUUCAGAGUUUCCAAUUAAUGUUGCAUGUUUUUGGGAUGUGCGAGGAAACCGGAGUGCCCGGAGGAAACCCACCCAGGCACGGGGAGAACAUGUAAACGCCACAUAAGCGGAUUGAACCCGGGACCUCAGAACUGUGAGGCCAAUGCUUUACAAGCUGACCCACCGUGCCGCACGAAUGAUAAUUAUUAUUAUCAUGACAGCACUGGAAAAACAAACGGAUCUUGUAAGGUUGAUGGAAUGGAAAUGACUGAUUGAUUAAAUAUGAAUUGAUCCUGCAGUGGUCACCAUAACAUGAAAUGGUUCUUCCCGUUGUUGCCUUGCGAUGGCGAAGCGGAUCAGAGAGAAAACAAAAACUCCUCGGUCGGUCACGCCGCACCUCAUCCGAGCGACGCGAGCCUUCGAAGGCCGUCAGCGGCAAAAGACGUCGCCGCGCUUUUCGCUGGGGGCCUGGCCUGCACGCGGGCGGAUCGCGUGCAUGCCUCCGUGUAAAUCUUCAGAACAAAAACUGAACAAGGCGGACGCUUCUGAACUGACAUGCAUCUAUUUGGACCAAAACAAACAAAAUCGGUGAGCUCCUUCAAGUUGUCUUUGUCUCUCACCGGGCCUUUCUUCUUGUCCCGUGAUUGGCUGUCCCUCGCUUGCGCUCGUGCAAAUAAGCGUGAUUACGAGGGCCCCGCCUCCCCGCCUCCAGCGGACUUGAUUGAGAAUGGCAGGCGCGGAUAAAGCGGACCGCGUCAACUUUAAUGAGACCGACGGCGUCUUACGAGCUGACAUUUGGAAAUCGUCCGCGUGAAUGACAUCGUCAGCGGUCACCUUUUCCCCAAAGCUCUCCGCGAGGAGCCUCCUGUAAUGAUGGGAGGGAAUUGCGAUGGCCUGUUGGGGGGGGGCCAGGCGUGAUCGAAAGCCGAGGAUCGGGGCAGGAGGCCGCCCCUCUUCAAUUG